AGAUAUCUUCGGCUUACCUGAAUAAGAAAAUACCGAACAUCCCCGAUAUCAAGGUCGAUGGUGCCGAAGAAAAAUGGAACAUGUGGAACGUGUGGCGCACGGUGCUGGAAGAGAACGAGAAGUUGGCUCGCGCCCGCCUCGCCGCUUGUGAGGUGUUCCAGCAGCAGAUCGCAGACGAGGCCAAGUUCCUGCGUCAGCAUAAGAUGAACGUUGCCAAGAAGAGCACCGAUUUGCUGGCCCAAGCGCACAAGGAGCUGCAGAUGAGCGUACUCGACGUGGACAAGACCAAGAAGCUGUACUUCGACGAGGAGCACACAGCCCACGAUGUGCGCGACAAGGCCAAGGAUAUCGAAGAAAAACUGAAGAAGAAGAAGGGUUCGUUUUUCCAAUCGAUUACAUCCCUUCAGAAAAACAGCGCUAAAGUUUCAUCUCGUCGCGACCAACUCGAGGAGAAAUCAACUGGAGCGAGAAAUGACUACUUGUUGAGCCUUUCAGCAGCUAACGCUCACCAGAACCGUUACUUUCUGGUGGAACUUCAAACUUGCAUGCAAAAUAUGGAAGCUUCAGUGUAUGAAAAAGUAUCCGAGUUUCUUACUCUGAUGGGACGUACUGAGCUCUUGACUUGUUCUGCUACUCAGCACUCUUUUGGUAAAAUUAGGGAUCAAGCCCAACAGUUGACUAGGGAGUACAACCUGCAAUGUCUUUACCUGUACUAUCCCGUGCUUAAGCAGCACAUUCAGUAUGAGUUUGAGCCAUGCGAUAACGAUCCCAUUGACACCGUGACUAUGGAGCAUGAAACAGUGUCGCAGACUCUUGCGCAAGAAGCUCGCCGUUGGGCGACCCGUGUAGUUCGGGAAACUGCUCUUGUAAGAGAUGCAACCCGCAAACUACAUCUAUACCAAGCCAUGCGUGAUGCAGGACAGAAAGUUGACCCUAACGAUCCCAAUGGACCGGAACUAGAAGUACGUAUGGAUGAGCUACGAUCAAACAUUCGUCGUUCUGAGACAUCGCGCGCCAAAUAUGAGGCUAGACUGGAGUGCUUGAGGACUGGCGGUGCGCCCGUAGAUGAGUGGCUCAAGGAGAUUGAUCUGUUGGCAGUACAAGAUACACUGCCGCGUAGUAGCAGUCUACUCAGCGUUCGUACCGAUGCCUCGGGUGCAGCUGAUCAACCUAGCUCGGAUUCGUUCUAUGAUAGCGAUAAUACAGAUGGAGAAGCAGGAACCUCUGGCGCUGCUACAGUUGGAACAAGUGGACACCAGCGUACCACAUCCGAUUCUCAGAACGAGGAUGAGCAAGACGAAGAAGUUGAUGCUGAUUUGGAAGAGGAACGUAUGCGUAUUGAGCAGUUGACCGUUGGCUGGGAUGACCCAACCCAAGUUAAUUGGGACGAGCCGGAACCAGAACCGGUCGCUUCAGAAACUACUACUACUGAGGCACCCGCAGCCCCACUGUACAAGUGUACUGCUUUGUACUCUUACACAGCUCAAAAUCCGGACGAAUUGUCCAUUAUUGAAAAUGAACAACUGGAAGUGGUAGGAGAAGGUGAUGGUGACGGUUGGCUCCGUGCUAGGAACUACCGCGGGGAAGAAGGCUACGUUCCCCAUAACUAUCUUGAUGUCGAAAGGGAGCAGCCUUCGAGUACACCAGGACUUGUUGCUCAGAUUUCCUUUUCUUCUGUGGAUUAUACCGUGGAAGGAGAAGAUGCCGAUGUGGUGGUCUCGCCAGAUCAAAUUUCAGUGAUUUCUGCUCCGACCGCCAAGCCCGAGGAAGCGAAGGUCGAAGAAGCUCCUAAGGCCGUGGCACUGCCACCAGAACAGUUACCAACCCUCGGUUAUUGCUUUGCUCUUUACGAUUAUGACGCAGAAGCAUCUGAUGAACUCAAUCUUGAGGAGGGACAGAUAAUUCGUAUUGUCUCCCGCGAGGCUCAUGACGUGGACGACGGUUGGUGGCGCGGAGAAGUCAACGGUGCUGUCGGCAAUUUCCCCUCGCUUAUUGUCGAAGAGUGCGAUGAGAAUGGCGAUCCGUUGAGUACUGGCGAAGAUUGGACUCCGCCAAGCUCUGCCCCGCCUGUUUUUGCAUCCCCACCGAAGACUCCCGAAGCUGGCUAUGACGAUGAGGGAAGAAGAAGUGCAGCCCCAACCGCCGCCCCCGCCCCCGCCCCAGCCCAAACCUGCGCCUCUGAUUGUUGAAGCCAGCGGCAGCGGCUGCGGCCUCGGAGUGGCGCAGAUAGUAAUCACGGCCGCCACUCCCAUGGUCG